CGCACCUUUGAGAUAAGACCUCCGCACCCUGCCACCGAGGUACCGGAGCGUUUCCCGCCAGGCUAGGGGGCGUGGUCCGAGCGCAGCUUGAUGACGACAUUUAGGCGCCCGAUAUCCGAAUGGCGGCUUCCAUCUCUCAGGCUGGCUAUGCAAUGGAUCUCACAGUGGUUUCCUAAGGUGGCCGUUUUCAACUUUCUGCGGGAGGCUGCCAUGGCGUUCCCUCACCUGCAGCAGCCCAGCUUUCUCCUGGCCACCCUGAAAGCUGACUCUAUACAUAAGCCCUUUGCACAGCAGUGCCAAGACCUGGUUAAAGUCAUUGAGGACUUCCCCGCAAAGGAGCUGCAUGCCAUCUUCCCCUGGCUGGUAGAGAGCAUUUUCGGCAGCCUGGAUGGCGUCCUUGCUGGCUGGAAUCUCCGCUGCUUACAGGGACGCAUGAGCCCCGUGGAGUACAGCAUUGCUGUGGAAUUUCUAGACCCUGGUGGCCCAAUGAUGAAGUUGGUUUAUAAGCUUCAAGCUGAAGACUAUAAGUUUGACUUUCCUGUCUCCUCCCUGCCUGGCCCUGUGAAGGCGUCCAUCCAGGAGUGCGUGCUCCCCGACAGCCCUCUGUACCACAACAAGGUCCAGUUCCCCCCAGCCGGAGGCCUCGGCCUGAACCUAGCCCUCAAUCCGUUUGAGUAUUACAUGUUCUUCUUCGCGUUGAGCCUCAUCAUUCAAAAGCCGCUCCCAGGGGCCCUCCACGUCCGAACUUCAGACUGUGCCUAUUUCAUCUUGGUGGACAGGUACCUGUCAUGGUUCCUGCCCACAGAAGGCAGUGUGCUGCCCCCACUUGCCUCCAGCCCAGGGGUGCCCAGCCCCUCACCAGCUCCCCGGACCCCAGCCAUGCCCUUUGCCUCCUACGGCCUCCCCCACACAAGUCUCCUGAAGCGACACGUCUCCCAUCAGACGUCUGUGAACGCAGACCCUGCCUCCCAUGAGAUCUGGAGGUCGGAGACUCUGCUCCAGGUUUUUGUUGAAAUGUGGCUUCAUCAUUAUUCCUUGGAGAUGUACCAAAAAAUGCAGUCCCCUCACGCCAAGCUGGAGGUUCUGCACUACCGGCUCAGUGUCUCCAGCGCCCUCCACAGCCCUGCCCAACCCAGCCUCCAGGCCCUGCACGCCUACCAAGAGGCGUUCACACCCACGGAGGAGCACGUGCUGGUGGUGCGCCUGCUGCUGAAGCACCUGCACGCCUUUUCCAACAGCCUGAAGCCUGAGCAGGUCUCCCCCUCCGCCCACUCCCAUGCUGCCAGUCCCCUGGAGGAAUUUAAACGGGCCGCUGUCCCAAGGUUUGUUCAGCAGAAGCUCUACCUCUUCCUGCAGCACUGCUUCGGCCACUGGCCCCUGGACGCGUCAUUCAGAGCCGUCCUGGAAAUGUGGCUGAGCUACCUGCAGCCCUGGAGGUACGCACCUGAGAAGCAGGCUCAGAGCAGUGACUGCCAGGCCAGAUGCGCUUCAGAGAGGUGGGCGCCCUUCGUGCAGGAGAACCUGCUGAUGUACACCAAGCUCUUCGUGGGCUUCCUGAGCCGCGCGCUCCGCACCGACCUCGUCAGCCCCAAAAAUGCACUUAUGGUGUUCCGAGUGGCCAAAGUCUUCGCCCAGCCCAACCUGGCUGAGAUGAUCCAGAAAGGGCUCCAGGGUCGCUCGGAGUUGGGCCCCCGUGGCCUGCCAGCAGCCCCUAGGAAAGCCAGCGGUGCCUGGGCAGUGACUACCAGGCCAGACCCCCUGUCCCGCCUUCCAGGGGAGCAGCUCUUCCUGGAGCCGGAGCUUGUCAUCCCGCACCGCCAGCACCGGCUCCUCGCGGCCCCCACGCUCACCGGCAGCUUCCUGUCCCCGUGGCCGCCGGCCGUCACCGACGCCUCCCUCAAGGUGAAGAGCCACGCCUACAGCCUGGAGGGCCAGGACUGCAAGUACACCCCGAUGUUCGGGCCCGAGGUCCGGACGCUGGUCUUGCGUCUGGCUCAGCUCAUCACACAGGCGAAGCAGACCGCCAAGUCCAUCUCUGACCAGUGCGGAGAGAGCUCAGCUGGCCGCCCCUUUCUGUCGUGGCUCGGCUUCCACUCCACAGACACAAACAGCUCCUACCCAGGCAAUGACCUAGAUGACAUGGGGCAGGACAGCGUCCGCAAGACUGACGAGUACCUGGAGAAGGCCCUGGAGUACCUGUGCCACGUGUUCCGACUCAGCGAGGCCCAGCUUGCCCAGCUCACGCGUGCCUCGGGGACAGCCCGGGAUGAGAGCGGAAAGAAGCAGCUCCCAGACUGCACUGUGGGGGAGGAUGGCCUUAUCCUCACGCCCCUGGGCCGCUACCAGAUCAUCAAUGGGCUGCGAAGGUUUGAUAUCGAGUACCAGGGGGACUCGGAGCUGCAACCCGUCCGCAGCUAUGAGAGCGCCAGCCUGGUCCGUGUGCUCUUCCGGCUGUCCUCUGCCAUCAACCGCAGGUUUGCAGGCCAGAUGGCAGCCCUGUGUUCCCGGGCCGACUUCCUUGGCAGUUUCUGUCGCUACCACCUCAUGGAGCCUGGGCUGGCAGACAGGCACCUGCUGAGCCCUGUGGGGCGGGGGCGGGCGGCCAGCUGUGCCCGGGGCCCCAGGGUCAGCCUGCGCUUCCUGGGCAGCUACCGGGUGCUGCUGUCACUGCUGCUGGCCUUCUCUGUCGCCUCUCUCUUCUGUGUCGGACCCUUGCCCUGCGCCCUGGUCCUCGCGCUGGGCUACCUUCUCUAUGCCGUGGCCAUGACACUGCUGACUGAGCGGGCCAAGCUGCACCAGCUCUGACCGGGUCGGUGCUGUUCCCGGGCAGGCCGGCAGGCUGGCCACACGGCCACUCCCAUGCACCGGGGAGGACACCUCUGAACCUGAGCCCAGCCACCUUAAAGCUGCUAGGGGUCAUUUUCCUGCAGCCUUGGAACCAUCUGGAAGAGAAUCUGAAACCAGAAGGGUGUGUGGUCCGGGCUUCGUAAGGAAGGAAUGGUGUCAGUGGGCCUAUGAACCUGAGGGGGUGACCCGGAUCUCGGCUGCCUAGUCCUCUUUCCUCCCCUCGGCCCGAGGCUCUGCCUUGAGAUGGCCCUCGAGGCCGUUCGCUUUCACCGCCUUAGGAUUCAGCCAUGCGGAGCUCAGGCGGUGGUGUCUCCGCUGGGGGCCCUUGGCCUCUGCCCUCACCUCCCUUGAGGUCAGUGUGAUGGUGGUGCCUCCCCGGGUGCCACCGGGAUGUAGCUCAGCCUUUGGCCCCAGAGAAGAAUCCAUGACCCUAGAAGAGAUUCCUGAGAAAACCGGAUGAUGGCCCUCUGAUUCCUAAUUUUAAAGCUAAAUUUUGCCAUCACAUUUGGCAGUGACAGGCCUUCAUGUUCUCCCAGCAAUUCUGAGGCUGAGUUGCACAAUUCCUCUUUUGAGAAGAAAAAAGGUCCUUUAGGAGCACAGGUGCUUGGGAGACAGUCUGCCACCUCGGCUCCUUUCUGUCCCAGGCCAUCGAGCACACUGCUCAGUGGUGGCCCAGCAUCACCCCGUAUCCAGAACAGAACCGCGUCUCCCUGGGCACUGGGGACCCGGCAGAGCCACUGGAGUCGGAUCCCACCGGCUUCUACGCUGUAGCCAAAGAUGGUCAAAGCAUUGUUUCAUCUUCAAUAAAGUCAAGUGCUCAGAGGCACUUAAGUAAACACAGUAACCUUUUGAUAAUACCUAAACAUUCAGACUACAUGACAGUUGCACAUUUACCAUCAGUGACCAUCCCCAGGGGACUUGAGUGCCCUCCGCCAGAUUUUCAAACCAGGCCUUUGUCUUUUUUUUCCCUUAAGUUUGCAAACUAAAUGUUGGGCUUUUUGUAUUUUGAUGUGAACUUGGAAUAAUGGCAUUUUGGGGCCUACAACCAAAAAUGAAACCAAAUUUGUCGUGACCAUGGACCUGAAUAAACCUGUUUUUAUUCCUGA